GCUAAACAAAUAAUUACUGAAGAGAAAGAUAGAUGUGGAUAUAAUUUAUCCAAUAUGUAGGUCAGAAAGUUGAUAAGAUGAAAAUUACAGAAGAAAAUAUUAGAAACAGAGGACAAAGUAAAAGAGUUUAACAUAUGUUUAACCAGAGCCCAAGGAGAUAAGAGAAAAAUUGUAUCAGAAGCAAUAGUUAAAGCAACAAUAAUUUUAAUUCUUCAGAAUUGAUGAAAACUUCAACAAGCAGAUUUAAGAGACCUAAAUAAACCUAACAGGAUAAAUUUAAAAAGAUAUCCAUAUCUAGAAACAUUGUAUUCAAAGCUCAGAAAACCAAAGAAAAAGAGAAAUCUUUUUUUUCAAAAGCCAUGGGAAAAGGACCUUGAACCCUCAAACACAUGACAGACUGACAGCUAUGCUCCAUGUUUCUCAACAGUAGCAAUGGAAAAAAAUAGAAAGUAAGAUAUCUUUAAUGUACUGAAGGAAGUUGGCAAACCUUUCUACCUAAAUGGUCUUUGCAUGUAAGAGUCAUCAAAUGAGAGCAUGAACUCAACUUGCUACCAGUUUAAUUUUAAAUUAUUCCAGAUGACAAGAAAGAAGUAGUGUAAAGACAUUUUAUCUCUUAAAUGUGACUUCUUAUAAUUUUCCUCUUUGCCCAUCCCUUGCAACAAUUCUGGGUCCAAGAGUUUGACCUAUCUCUGUUUCUAGCCUUCUUCAUCUCUAAUGACAUUCACUUCUACUCUAGCUUAGUCACCUAUAACCAUGACCUCUCUCUGGAGAUGGUAGUCUCUGAAAACUACAUAAUGUCUGAAGUCACAAAUUCAAAUAUAUUUCUUUUAAUCUGCAACUUAUUAUCUUUCCUGAAGAGCUUUAAUUACCAUUUAUGCCAAUAAAUCCCAAAUGUGACUCUAUAGCCCAAACGUCUUUCCUCAACUACAUUUAUGUAAUAGAAGCUAAUUUAUAUAACUGUCUAUAUGGAUGUUCAAACUCAUCCAUUUAAAAUUAAAACUGUUCCCUUCCUCAAAACUAAAUAUACCUUCACCAGCUCCAUAUCUUUUCCUCUUUCUUCUGCUUUUCCUGUGUUUAUCAGUUAAUAGAACCAACAGUCACUCAGUUCCCUAAGCCUGAAGACAAAGUACAUUUACCUUCAUGCCUUUCUACCCCACUCCUUCUAUGUUUAUCACCACAUCCCCUAUUGUUUUAUAAUUCUAAUACAACCCCUUCACUGCAUUUCUAGUUGAGGCCAAUGUUUCCUCUUACUUGUAUUAUUGCAACCAUUUGUAAUCAAUCUCUCACCUUUAAUCUUAUUCCUCUCUAAUUUAUUCGCAACUCUGAAACAGGAUAAUCUUUUUAAAAAGUAGAAACAUAAUCAUGCCACUUUUCUGUUUUAAUUAUAAUCCCUUUAAUAACCCUGCAUUUCUACUGGCAUAAAGUCCAAAUGCUUUGACAUAGUUACAAAAUAUUUGCUUAUCUUUCCAAUUUCAACUCUUACCACUUCUCUCCUCUUGCUCUAUGUCUUAGCCAUAUUGAUUUUGUUUAUUUCCUCCAAAUACUUCUCUUUAUUUGCAUUUGCGCAAUCUUAUUUUUAGUUUUCCUGAACAAUUUUACCCCAUGCCCAAUUUUUGUUUAAAGUACUCCUAUUAAUUUUUAAUGUAUCAAUUUAGAGUAUACUUUCUCCAGAAAAAUCUGUCUUGUAUUUCCAAAUUCUGGUUAGAUGACUAUCAUCUAUGCCCUUAUAGUAGCAUGAACUUUCUUUAUCAUGACAUUCAUUGUGCUCUAUUUAAAAUACAUGGUCAUUUUUCUGUCUCCCUCUUGCAUGUCAGGAACUACGUCUCUUUACCCUUCUAUCCCUAACACUUAUGACCAUUCCUUGCACAAAGUAUAUUCUCAAUAGCUAUCUGCUAAACUAAUUAAUUAAUAGAUAUAUAAACAUAUUUAGAAUUGUGCCUCUGGAAAGCCUGGGUCUGCAAAUGAUGAAAUUCAGUUUCACAACUAAACUGAGGUCUAAUUUGUUCAUAUUUUUAAAAAUGUUUAACUAGACUUGUUUUUAGAUUAAAAACCAGAAAUGUUUUAUUUUACUCACUACUUUUGAGCAUUUAUUUUCUACUCCUGCCAGCUAAGUCUCCUACUGAGUAUCCCUAAAUAAAUCGUACCAUUUAUGCAGCUCAAAAUGUCCACCCUUUCCAAAGCAACUGUUUUCAUAUACCAGGUUCAUUUUCAAGUACAUGAUCUCAUUCCUCUUUUCUAAGAGUAGUUGUGGAGAGAGCUAAGACCUCUAAUUCUCAUUUCCAAUUUUCCUAAAAAUCUCUUGCCUACUAAGUCAAUUACAUGUAAGAGUAUUCUUCACUAUCUUUAGUUGUUUAAUAUGUCUUCACAGAGAGAUCAUAACUCGUUUGAGGCAGGGGCUACAUCUUAAAUAUGCUUCUUACAUCUACUACAGCUAUAGCAGAUUGUGGCUGAUGAUGGAAAGGUAAUAGCAUCACAUAUCACAAAAAUGCAACUCGGAAAAUAGGCAUAUAGGAGGAGAAUAUAAUUGAAAUUUAUAGACAAACACACAAGAAAAAUUAAUAUUUUGUCUGAAACGUAUUGGAAUUUAUCUAAAACCUGAAAAUCUGCAGAGUCGCAUGGUGGCGCUGCAGGAUAAGAUGGUGAAAUUUUUGUAACCGCAGAUGCUCUGGUUUCCCUUAACCAUGGGAACUGAAAGCGCUGGAAAACCAGGAGAAAAUAGAUUUUCAAAAGGUAGGGCACCAUCAACACCUUCGCGACAGGAUUACGAGUUUCUAGAUUCCCAAAGGUCCAGGCUGAUAGGUGAGAGGAGCAACUUUAAGAGCUGCUAGAGACUGAGUGGAAACGUUUUCGACAGAAAGACGUUUGGCUAAGGAGCCAUGGAGCCGGGAAAGGGAAGAGCUCAGCGGACAAGGCAAGUGCUGCUUUUCUUUGUUUUCCUGGGAGGGUCUUUGGUGUGUUCUGAGACGUGGAGCUAUUCCAUAGCAGAGGAAAUGGAGGUCGGCACGUUUAUAGCUAACAUGGUGAAAGACAUGGGUUUGGAUGUGGAAGACCUGGCUGCACGGGGGGCCAGAGUCAUCUUUGACGACUAUAAACCUUAUUUGCGAUUGGAUCCACAGAAUGGCGACUUGCUCUUAAAUGAGCAGCUGGACCGGGAGGCACUUUGUGAUCUCACAGAGCCAUGUAUAUUGCAUUUCCAGGUGUUAUUUGAAAAUCCGUUGCAAUUUUUUCGGGCUGAGCUUUUGGUCAAAGACAUAAAUGAUCACACUCCCACGUUCCUAAACAAUCAUAUACUUCUAAAAAUCUCCGAAGGUACUACUCUAGGAACCUUAUUCCAAAUAGAUAGUGCGCAGGACUUGGAUGUGGGAAAGAAUGGUGUUCAAAACUAUACAAUAAGUCCCAAUCCCCAUUUCCACCUUAAAUUACGAGACAGCGAUGAGGGCAGAAAAUACCCAGAGUUGGUACUGGACCAAUCCCUGGAUCGAGAAAAGGAGUCUGAGCUUAGUUUAACGCUAACAGCCGUGGAUGGCGGGUCUCCACCCAGGUCUGGGACUACACUGAUUAACGUUGUGGUCCUGGACAUCAAUGACAAUGCCCCUGAAUUUGAGAAGCCAGUCUAUGAAGUUCAUGUACCUGAGAGCAGCCCUCUGGACUCCUUGAUCAUCAAAGCGUCUGCUACAGAUUUAGAUGCAGGAAUAAAUGGAGAACUGUCUUACUCAUUUUCCCACGUCUCCAGAGAUGUACGGAAAACAUUUGAAAUCCAUCCAAUUUCUGGCGAAGUCUAUUUAAAAGCACCUCUAGAUUUCGAGAUUAUUCAAUCUUAUGUCAUAAACAUUCAGGCCAUUGACGGUGGGAGCCUUUCUGGAAAAUCAAGCAUUUUAGUUCGGGUUGUAGAUGUGAAUGACAACCCGCCAGAAAUAGCCAUGACAUCUCUUACCAGCCCCAUACCGGAAAACUCUUCACCUGAGAUGGUGGUCGCUGUUUUCAGCAUACGAGACCAAGAUGCUGGAGACAAUGGCAGAAUGGUUUGCUCAAUUCAGGACAACCUCCCCUUUGUCUUGAAGCCUACCUUCAAGAAUUUUUACGCUCUGGUAACAGAACACCCACUGGACAGAGAGAUCAGAAAUGAAUAUAACAUCACCAUCACCGUGACCGACUUGGGGACACCCAGGCUGAAAACCGAGUACAACAUAACCGUGCUGGUCUCCGACGUCAAUGACAACGCCCCCGUCUUCACCCAAACCUCCUACACCCUGUUCGUCCGCGAGAACAACAGCCCCGCCCUGCACAUCGGCAGCGUCAGCGCCACAGACAGAGACUCAGGCACCAACGCCCAGAUCACCUACUCGCUGCUGCCGCCCCAGGACCCGCACCUGCCCCUCGCCUCCCUGGUCUCCAUCAACGCAGACAAUGGCCACCUAUUCGUCCUCAGGUCGCUGGACUACGAGGCCCUGCAGGCGUUCGAGUUUCGCAUGGGCGCCGCAGACCACGGCUCCCCGGCGCUGAGCAGCGAGGCGCUGGUGCGCGUGCUGGUGCUGGACGCCAACGACAACUCGCCCUUUGUGCUGUACCCGCUGCAGAACGGCUCGUCGCCCUGCACCGAACUGGUGCCCCGAGGGGCCGAGCCGGGCUACCUGGUGACCAAGGUGGUGGCGGUGGACGGUGACUCGGGCCAGAACGCCUGGCUGUCGUACCAGCUGCUCAAGGCCACAGAGCCCGGGCUGUUCGGCGUGUGGGCGCACAAUGGCGAGGUGCGCACCGCCAGGCUGCUGAGCGAGCGCGACGCGGCCAAGCACAGGCUGGUGGUGCUGGUCAAGGACAAUGGCGAGCCUCCGCGCUCGGCCACCGCCACGCUGCACGUGCUCCUGGUGGACGGCUUCUCCCAGCCCUACCUGCCGCUCCCGGAGGCGGCCCCGGCCCAGGCCCAGGCCGACUCGCUCACCGUCUACCUGGUGGUGGCAUUGGCCUCGGUGUCAUCGCUCUUCCUCCUCUCGGUGCUCCUGUUCGUGGCGGUGCGGCUGUGCAGGAGGAGCAGGGCGGCCCCGGUGGGUCGCUGCUCGGUGCCAGAGGGCCCCUUUCCAGGGCAUCUGGUGGACGUGAGCGGCACCGGGACCCUAUCCCAGAGCUACCAGUAUGAGGUGUGUCUGACGGGAGGCUCAGCAGCAAAUGAGUUCAAAUUCCUGAAGCCGAUAAUUCCCAAUCUCCUGCCCCGGGAUAGCGAAAUGGAGAAAGCCCCACCUUUCUGAAUGGCAUGGAGUGCAAUUAGGGAUCUGAUUAUGCUGCAAAACUUUUAGAAUGAG